GUUGAAUCCAUGAUUCAUGCUUGCUUGUUUCUUUUCUGCUAACGUUAAAUUUUGGAAGAGAAUUAAAAUGACUACAGAAAAGAUUUUUCAAAAAUUUGACAGUCUCAAAUAUGUCAACUGGUAGAAGCAUCAUCGUCAUUUUUUUUUUUUUUUUUUUUUUUUCAUUGAAAAAUAUUGUGGGAGGGAAAUUUUUUAGUAAUGGUGAAAUCGCUUUCGAAACUUUUUUAUUAUGGGGUUAAAGUUUUUGCAAAAUCGCUGAAGAAGUCCGUGCAAGAGGAGAUUGAGCUCAGCAAGCAAAAAGCAAAUAUUAGAUAUGCUGACAAGGCUUUAGAGACAGGGAAAGAUGGAAUGACUUUGGAGGAAGCACAACAAAUUCUUAAUUUAAGAAAAUUGGAUCCAAUCCAAGCAGAGGAAAAUUUCAAGCAACUAUUCGAGGCAAAUAAGGGCCUUAAAUAUUUACAAUCGAAAGUGUACAGAGCAAAAGAGGCCAUCGAUAUAGAACUUGCGAAAAACUAUGUGAAAAUUAACAGUAGUUCAAAAAAAACCAUGAAAGAAAAUGGGGUUUACGUGUUUUUCACUUAUGCACUACUUAACGAUAAAUAAAUGAAUUGUAUUUUUGUUUCA